UGGAAAGAACACCGGAAAUACAGGCGAGACGACCCGCUCGAUUGGAUUCGCUCCGACUCAGUGUCUCUCCCGAGUCAACUCGUUCCUCCUCUCUCUUCUCUCCUUCAUACAUAAGCCGUACACUCGUAAUUACAUCAUCCCCAUUUCUCGCUUAGACUCAUUUCCUUCAAUCGGGUCCCUAUUUCAGGUCUCGUCAAUUUCGCCAUUGGGUCCCCGAGAAAUUGUAACCCAAAAAUUUGUCGGUGGAUUGGCCCUCUCCCCUUCCGCGCUCGCUCUUUAUAAUCCCUUGAAGACUUUCUCCGAGAACCAUAGUGUUUCAGAUUCAAGAGAUAACGUCGAAGCUCCAAUCUGCUGAAUCUCCUCCUGCAAACAAUGGCUUCGAACAGUGGCGACGCUAAUGCCGAGAAGCCCUUCAGGAUCUUCGUGGGUUACGAUCCACGAGAAGAUAUUGCUUACGAAGUAUGCCGUCACUCGAUCAUGAAGAGAUCUUCAAUCCCUGUCGAGAUCACACCCGUUGUUCAAUCCGAUCUUCGAAAGAAGGGCCUGUAUUGGAGGGAAAGGGGCCAGCUCGAGAGCACGGAGUUCUCCUUCUCCCGGUUCUUGACCCCUCACUUGGCGAAUUACCAAGGCUGGGCCAUGUUCGUAGACUGUGAUUUCCUCUACUUAGCCGACAUUAAGGAGCUUAAAGAUUUGGCCGACGACAGGUACGCGAUCAUGUGCGUCCAACACGAUUACACCCCGAAAGAGACAACGAAAAUGGACGGAGCUGUCCAGACCGUCUAUCCGAGGAAGAACUGGUCAUCAAUGGUGCUUUACAACUGUGGACACCCCAAGAACAAGGCCCUGAGCCCCGAGACAGUGAACACCCAGUCCGGCGCCUUUCUCCACAGGUUUCAGUGGCUUGAGGACCAAGAAAUCGGGUCCAUCCCUUUCGUGUGGAACUUUCUCGAAGGCCAUAACAAGGUCGUGGAGAAUGACCCGAGCACGCAGCCUAAGGCCAUACACUAUACCCGUGGAGGACCGUGGUUUGAUGCGCUGAAGGAUUGCGAGUUCGCGGAUCUCUGGCUCAACGAGAUGGAAGAGUACGCCAAAGGGUCCAAGGAACAAGCCGGCAUUGUGGAUUAGGAUGAGGGUAACGAGAACUAUGAACCUUUGAAUUCUUAGGGUUUAUGUUCUUUAGAUCGGUAUGAGUAUGGUUUCCGUGUAGAUGCAGAGAUUAUUGAGUGAGGAAUUUGAUUUUUGUUUGUUUUGUCAUUUGGAUUUGUGGAAUCAUAUCUGCAUCCACAUUAAGUUAAGCAUGUGUAUGUAUAUGCGUCUCUCAUAUAAAUAUCAUGUAAUAACUUUUUUGUAUUA